UUUGUCUUUCUCAGAUGGACAAAUGUCUUCCCAAUGCGACGGAACAACUUUUCUUGUAUAGACGCUGAGCUCUCACAUUCUUCAAAAGAAAGUCUUUUUGUGGAUUUUGCAUUUCAUGCUGAAGUUUCUGAUGAAGCUGUAUAUUCUUUAAGUGUUUGUGUUCCACCAUUUGUGAUAUUAAUAAGUGAAAUAGGUAUGUGGGCCUUUAGUUCGGAACCUCAACGUUCUAUUACUAUUCUCUGUGCUGCUUGCAGGCUUCCACAGAUUAUUCGAAGAAUUUUCCGAUUCAUAGGCGUCUUUCUCUUCGGUGCCAUGGCAUUGAUGGUAUUCACAGAUGUCAUCAAAUUAAUGACGGGGCGUUUACGGCCGAAUUUCCUUGAUAUCUGCCAAGUAAAUCGGUCGAAGUGCUUCUUGCAAAAUCAGAGUGGAGGAGAUGAGUUGUGCCUGGUCAAAAAUAUGUUACACCUCCGCAAUGCUCGAACUUCAUUUCCCUCAAUGAAUGCAUGUUUAACUUCAUAUGCAGCUGUCUUCCUUGUGAUCUAUAUACAUUAUGGUGUUGGCACCCACACCUUAAAACUUGUACGAGUAUUCUUGGCCAUGAUAUUCUGUAUGAUGUCUCUACUUUGUGGAUUAGUAGAAAUUGGACUGUUCCGAAGUUACUGGACAGAUGUCGUUGCUGGCUUUGGAAUGGGUGUUCUCAUGGCUGCCUACCUGGGUGGAUUUGUGCUACAUAAUUUCAGUGAACACACAUUGGACAAAAAACUGCUCCGAGCACUGAAAACAUAUUUGUUGCAACAUGGAGGGUCAUCUGGACGUCCAGGGAACAUGAGGUAUGAUCCACUGUUUGGUGGUUCUGGCUUCCAUAUUCCUCGUGUACAUGUCCCGCUGUUUGCCGACGAAAGCAACCACAAGCAUCGGACACAUAGACCCCAAGAUACAUUCCAAAGGGAUCUAUCACAUGUUGUUGAACAUUAUCGCCGUGGCUCUCCAACCCAGGGUAGCACUCACAUGUGAAUGUACCCAUUCAUCAAAGAGGCACCAAAACGUGAAUGAAAACUCACGCUAACUUACACAUACCACAUAUUAACACUCACACACACAAUCACACAUAUAUAUAUGUAUAUAUAUAUAUAUAUGUAUAUAUACACAGACGUUAUUACAUGAACAUGCACAUACACACACACACUCUUUAAUAUUGACACAGUUUCUUUGGGAGAAAUAAUUGGAAACCAAUAAUCAAAUCAAAUACAUAUUUUUUUCUCUGUGUGUAUGGUUGAUUUUUAUUUCAUUUUUUUUUUAUCUAUUAUUUUUUUUCUUUCUAUAUUAUUAGAAUCAUUACAGACUUUUACACCUAAUUUGAGCUUCACUUGAUGGUUUGAAAGGAUUUAUUUUUCAUGACACUACCACCACAACUAACAUCACCACCGCUACCACCACAACUACUUACAUCACCACCAUUACCUCUGUCACCACGACUACCACCAUCUAAAUUUUUGCUCAAAUACAAUAAUAUAUAAUAUCAAAAAUAAAAAAAAAAUACAAAAGAAAAUAAAAAUCAGACCAUUCUUAUUGGUUGAAAGCCCUAUGGUAAUUUGGUGGACGUUAGUUAAAGAUCUUAUCUACCUGUGUCUGUCUAUCUGCCUGUCUGUUUGCCUUUCUCUCUUUCUCUCUUCUUAUCUAUCUAUCUAUCUAUCUACUUACCUAUCUAUCUGCCUAUCUGUCUACCUAUCUAUCUAUCUAUCUAUCAAUCAUGUUAGUCAGUUAACUUUCUGCUCUCUCUCACUCUCUCUCUCUCUCCAUCUUUAAUCACUUCAAUGUUUCAUCACCCUUAUACACACACACCUAAAUACACACACAACACACACACGCACAAACACUCACACAUGUAUUUAAGUUUGAGUUGGUAAGUGAUAAAAACCAACAACCAUUUUACAAAUACAACAACUCAACACAGGUGGUAGAUCCAAAAUCAUUAUACAAAAGGAUCAAAUCUGAUUUCAAUUUUGCCUAUUUCUUGGGUAUUUAAACACAAACUGACCAUUCUGAAGCAUUAAAAAAAAUCUUUAAAAAAAGACAAUUAUAAUAUAAACAUUUUAUUCUUUUUGUUUAUCAUGAGACACAGAUGAACAGACAGACAAAAUGGAAAAGAUUAUUGAACAAAAUGAAAUUUUUUUUUUGCAUCUAA